AAGCUCUUGCGCCGAAGCCCUACUGGGUCCCCAAUUCUCUGCACUGUCCUUAACCCAUCUUUCGUUCUACCAGUAAAAACCACCCAAAACUUUAUAUCUCUUGGGGUUUACCGAAACACCCACUUUCUCUGUCUAGGGUUUAAGCCGAAAACCCCUCACACUCCGCUAUACAUUAUGCCCCCCACCGCGACUCUCCGCUUCCACCCAUCUGUCGGUGUCGCCGCCGUGAAAAAUAACCCGUACACCUCUACUGCUGUCGCCUCUUCUACCAUCAGUUCUCAGGUUUUUUCUGCCAAUAAUUGCAGAAUUUGUCGAUGUUCCAUUGAAAACGCCAACGGAGUGAGGGCUUGGGUAGGUUUCAAGAACCGCCGGAGUGGGUCGCUGUGGGCGUGGUUUAGCACUAUUCCCGAUGAGGGUUUAUCAGUGGCUGCGGCCAAGGGGUCUGAGACCUCAGAGAGUUAUGCGGUUGAGAAUGGGGGAGAGAAUGAGAAGGAGUGGUGGAUUCUUCGGAGGAAAAGUCAGUGA